AUUGUACUGCCUCUAUCUUUCUGUAUUUUGGUAUUACUCUUGUUUGUGUAUAGAUGUUCUGUAAAGAUUUUUAAAAGUUUCUAACAAAAUAAUGACAAUAUCUUGGUACAUUUGGGAUAGGAACAUAGAACAAGAAUAGGCCAUUUAGCCCCUGAAGUCUGUACCACCAUUUAAAGAGUUUAUGGGUAUCUGUCUCAGACUUAAAUUAGCAAUUUAAUAUUCACUGCUGUUUAGCAGUCCUAGCAUCUAGUAUCCUUUGUGUGUAGAAGAACUUCUUAACAUCUUUCCUGUAUGGUCUGGCCCUAAUUCUCAGACUGUGCCCCUUAAUUCUAGAACUCCCAACUUGUCGAUAUAGUUUAUCAACCCCAUCUUUUCUUGUUAAUGUCUUGAAGACUUCGAUCAGGUCACACUUUCAACUUCUAAAUUGUAGAGAAAACAAGAUCUAAUUUGUAUAAGCUCCUCAUAACUUAUCCAGUGAAAUCCAGGUAUCAUUCUUGUAAACCUAUGUGUACUGUCUCCAAAGCCAAUAUAUCCUCCUCAAGGUAUGGUGACUGAUAUGCUUUCAGUGUUACAAGAGAGAUCUCACCAGGGUUUUAUACCAACUGCAGCAUAGCUCCUGUAUUCUUGUACUCCAGUCCUCUAGUUACGAAGACCAGCAUUCCAUUAGCUUUCUUUGUCAUUUUCUGCACCUGUUUGUGAUAUUCUAAAGAUCUAUACACCUGAACUCCCUAAGUCUCUUAGGAUAUCCACUAUAUUUAACUUCAUACCGUCUAGAAAUUAUCUGAUUUAACCUUUCCCAGUCCAGAAUGAAUAGCCUCAUGCUUAUUUCAUCAUGUUGCUAUCAUAUUUCAAUUUCAUAGAAAGCUAACACUAACUACUAGAGUGUCUCGUUGUUAUGAAUAACUUGAAUUGAUGGACAAUAUUGGUAACAUUAGCAGCAUUUUAAAUCUGUUUAGCCUAUUUUCAUUUUAUUUUUUCAUCUAAUUUUCACCAUGGAGACUAAAACAAACAAAAGCCUCUUUACUAGGAGCAUGUUUAUCAGCACUGUUGAAAGAAGUCUGUUCACACUUCUUCAGUCGCCUGUCAUAUGGUUAGAAAGUGAAGAAUUGUGCUGUAGAUUAUUUGAUAGUAUAUUUUGAUUGCACGUACACAAUGUCUUAUAUAAACUGUUUGUAUUGUACAGUAAUUCAAAGGACACAGCAGAGAGAUGUGGAAGGCCCUUGUCUUUCUAAAUUACAUAGGUCCAUAUCAUGGAUUAUCAGUAUGUUGUAAAGAAGUUGAAUCUAAGAAAAGUUUCCAGUCGUGAGCGCAAGGCAGCAGAACAAGAAGCCCAGCUUUUAUCCGAAUUGCGACAUCCCAACAUUGUUACUUACAGAGAGUCAUGGGAAGGAGAUGAUGGACUUCUAUACAUCGUGAUGGGUUACUGUGAAGGUGGAGAUUUGUACCACAAGCUGAAGGAACAGAAGGGCAAAUUGCUUCCAGAAAGCCAGAUCGUGGAGUGGUUUGUCCAGAUUGCUAUGGCUUUACAGUAUUUACAUGAAAAACAUAUCCUACACAGAGAUCUCAAAACUCAAAACAUCUUCCUAACAAAAACAAAUAUCAUUAAAGUUGGAGACCUGGGCAUAGCCAGAGUAUUGGAGAGCCAGCAUGAUAUGGCCAGUACUUUGAUUGGGACACCUUAUUACAUGAGUCCUGAACUUUUCUGUAAUAAACCAUACAAUCAUAAGUCUGACAUUUGGGCCCUAGGCUGCUGUGUAUUUGAAAUGGCAACCUUGAAACAUGCCUUUAAUGCCAAGGAUAUGAACUCCUUAGUUUUCAAGAUUAUUGAAGGAAAGGUAAUGUGCAUUCCAUGAUAUUUUUCAAUUAACUUUAUCAAAUACUUUAACUGGUUUACCAAUAUUGAAAAGUUCAAAAAGUCCUCAAUGUAAAGAAGAAUAAGCAAUAAAUGCUGGUUUUUCCAGCUGCUCUUGAGAAUCAAUGCUAAUAAUAUAAAAGAACGAACCUGCAUAUCGAUUCGUCACUGAUAAAUGUCACAAAUAUAGAUGAACAUUGAGAAACAAAUUUAAAAGUCAAGAAGUUACCACAUUUUUAAGCAAUGCAAAAUUAGAUUAAGGUAAUUUAGUAUUAAUAAUAUCCAGAGAA